AUACUAAUCUUGAUUGCGCGUCUAGUUAGCUCAUAGAAGGACGGAAAACGACUUGCUUCUGCGCGGGCCGGUGACUAUGAUCAAAUCUCAAUUUGUCUCUGUUUUAUGUCAUGUGAAAUUUCCACCGCCACCAUUUCUGCGUCUAUGUUAAAUCCUAACGGAGUCGCCUCAUGGAUAAAUAUACUGGGUUUUCCGAGAGAGAGAUCGAUUUUUCUGGUAGCUGGUUAUGGUAAAUUUGAUGACAAGCCCUGAUGCCCAUAACAAAGGAAGAGAAUACAAAGAAAACGCAACUAAUAGGGAACCGGCGCCGCGGGAGGUACCCGUUUGAGUCAACGAGACGUGUAGCUAGUGGCGCCACCUUAAAAUUUUUGGCGAGCACAAGACAAGCCUUGGUAUAAAACGCAUCGUCUGCUUCAGCAGCAGCGCCAAAAACGAGUUGGCGCGACUUGGGAGCAAGGGAAGCCACACGAAAUUGUUUAUGUGGAUGUAAACAUGGAUAAAGGUGCGCUAGCUGAGAAAAACGACGAGUGGAUCAAGAUGGACGAUCGGAAGGACAACCCUUCAAAGAAGCAGUCGCGUUUCCAAGUGGCGAAGGUGGACUUCGCUGGUGAGGCUGAGAAACAUUCUGAUGAAGAAGAGAGCAGCGACGAGCGCGAUGAGCAGUCUUGGAAUGUCACUGGCUCGUAUGACACUCAUAAUGUCCGAAGUCUCCGCCACUACACACGGGAAGCACUACCUCGGCUGGAUCACUACCGAAAUGUUAUGUCUGUGCAUGGACACAUGGCUCGUCCAACGUUAGACGAGUUACAUAAUGCCACGUUAACACUGCUGCCAGACCAAAAGCAAUCACUGGAUAAAUCUGGGAGGAAUACUGCCGACGAGGUUGUUAUCAAAGGCAAAGGAGCCGUGAAGUUGGGAUGGAUACAGGGAGUGUUUGUGCGAUGUGUGUUGAACAUCUGGGGUGUUAUCCUCUUCCUGAGGUUAUCGUGGGUCGUUGGAGAAGCGGGCAUUGGUUUGGGCUGUGUCGUCAUACUCUUGGCAUCGGUUGUUACGAUGCUUACCACACUGUCGAUGUCUGCGAUCUGCACCAACGGAGAAGUCAGAGGCGGUGGAACGUACUACAUGAUAUCUCGCAGUCUAGGACCGGAAUUUGGUGGCUCUAUUGGUCUAAUAUUCUCGCUCGCGAACGCUGUUGCCAUUGCACUCUACGUGGUUGGUUUCUCCGAGUCAGUUCGGGAUUUGCUCAAGCAACAAGGAACCGCGGUGCUCGACGGUGGCCUUAACGACAUUAGAAUCGUCAGUGGAGUCACUGUCAUUGUUCUACUGGGCAUAGCCAUCAUUGGAACAGAAUGGGAAUCCAAAGCACAGAUGGUGCUUCUUGUGAUCCUGCUCGUGGCCAUGAUUGACUUUGUCGUCGGGUCCAUGAUCCCUCCAAACUUAGAUGAGCAAGGAAAAGGAUACGUUGGAUGGAGCACGUCUCUCAUGACUGAAAACAUGGGACCGCGGUUCAGUGCGGGGGAAAACUUCUUCACCGUCUUCUCAGUGUACUUCCCGGCGGCCACCGGUAUCCUAGCGGGAGCUAACAUAUCUGGCGACUUGGCGGAUCCUCAAGUGGCGAUCCCGAAAGGCACCUACUUGGCCAUCAUCGUCACGACAAUUUCAUACGUGUUCUUCGCUUUCGUCGCUGGCAGUGUGACACUACGCGAAGCCAACGGAAUUCCCCCGAUUAAUAUCACCCUCAGUGACAUUCGCAACUGUACGUUGACGGAAACUGGCAAAUGCGAGUACGGUCUGCUCUUCGACAGUCAGGUCAUGGAACUAGUGUCUGCCUUCGGUCCUUUGGUGUACGCGGGGAUCUUCGCCGCCACACUCUCGUCCGCUUUGGCGAGUCUUGUCAGUGCUCCCAAAGUGUUCCAGGCUCUGUGCAAGGACAAAAUCUUCCCACACAUUGAGGUAUUCGCCAAGGGGUACGGAAAGAGCAACGAGCCACGUCGCGGUUACCUUCUCGCAUGCGCCAUCGCUCUUGGCUGCGUUGCGAUAGGUGAACUAAACGCAAUUGCGCCCAUCAUCUCGAACUUCUUCAUGGCGGCGUAUGCCCUAAUCAACUUUUCAUGUUUCCACGCUUCAUAUGCAAAAUCUCCAGGGUUCCGCCCUGCAUUCAAGUACUACAACAUGUGGCUCAGUCUGGUGGGUGCAAUCGUGUGCGUGUUCGUCAUGUUCAUCAUGAACUGGCAGACUGCCCUGAUUACCUUCGCAGUUAUACUGGGACUUUACAUUUACAUCAGUUAUAGAAAGCCAGACGUCAACUGGGGUUCAUCGACGCAGGCACAGACUUACAAAGAUGCGCUCAAUGCGGUUUUCAGGCUGAACAUGGUACAAGAACACGUCAAGAACUAUAGGCCCCAGAUUCUUGUGCUUACCGGAGACCCAAGCCAUCGUCCUCCACUGGUCGAUUUUGCGUACUCUAUUACAAAGAAGCUGUCCUUGCUCAUUUGUGGUAACGUCACUUCGGUGCGGCUGACAUCACGUACUCGAAAUGUGCUGACAAACCGAGCCAACCAGUGGCUACAACGGAGAAAAGUGAAGGCAUUUUACGCACUCGUGAAGGAUGAAGACUUUGCACAUGGUGUACGCUCCAUGCUACAGGUUGCAGGGGUGGGUAAGCUGAAGCCGAACGUUGUCAUGCUUGGCUACAAAACCAACUGGGAGACAUCUGAUCCAGAGGAUGUUGUGAGAUAUUUCACGGUCAUCCAUGAUGUCCUCGACAUGUACCUGUCUGUAUGCAUACUGAGACUGUCUGAGAGCCUGGACUACUCAGACUACGCAGAUAUGGAUUCCACCGAGCCACCAGUGCCCAACGGCAAGCAACCCGAGAAACUCGCCGUCCCCGGCAUGGAAAGAGAAAAUUCGGCACUUGGAUUUCCUCGCAACGUCUCAAGUGCCCAGCUCUCUAUGGGAGGUAGCUCGAGGGAACCUUCACCGCCGGGAUCUCCCAGUACCCAACGUGCUGCAACGCAGAACAACAAGGGAGAAGGUGAACAAGUGAACCAGCUGCAGCCUGCAGAGGCAGCGCCACUUGUUAAGGAAGCCAUCAAGGAUGUUCCUCAUUCCAUCAACCAGUUCCUGCGCAAACAGAAAAAAGGCACCAUUGAUGUCUGGUGGCUUUAUGAUGACGGAGGUUUAACGAUGCUCAUUCCAUAUCUGCUGACAACGAGGCACAAUUGGAGUGGAUGUAAGCUGCGUGUCUUCUCCCUGGCCAACAAGAAGGAAGAGCUUGACAGAGAACAACGAAACAUGGCAUCACUACUGAGCAAGUUCAGGAUUGAGUACUCCGAUGUCACCGUCAUACCCGAUAUUGUCCGUCCUCCCAGUGAAGCCAGCAAGAAACAGUUCGAAGAACUCAUUAAGAAGUGGCGCCAAGAGGACGAAGAUGAUGAGCACAACCUUUCGAAUAUUACGGAUUCCGAGCUGCUCGCCCUAAAGGACAAGACCAACAGACAUCUUCGCCUCAGAGAACUUCUGCUGCAGCACUCCAUGGAUGCCACACUUGUCGCCAUGACACUUCCCAUGCCCAGAAAAAGCACCGUCUCCGCACCCAUGUACAUGGCGUGGUUGGAAACCCUGACACGUGGAAUGCCUCCCUUCCUUCUCAUCCGAGGAAAUCAAACGAGCGUCCUCACUUUCUACUCCUAAAAAGUCCCAGACCGAAAUCGAACGCAACACGGUUUCAGGCGUGUUGCGUUCAAUACGCUACCGGCGAUAAAUUCAGACGACGCGUCGUAUAUAUACGUGCACUUAGCAUUCACUCGUCACGCCUCAUUUAGUAUAUACGCUCCCAGUGGAUGCGGAAUAUUUUUAGUAAAAAGACAUGCCGUUAGUUUAUAAUAUAAUUCACUAUCCAGUAACUUACUGGAUGCUGCUAUUAACGUAGAACCUUGUGGUUGUCAUACGAAUCUUCAAGACGAUGUGCCUCCGUAAUAUCUAUUUCUAUAGCGCUGUGCCCGUUUCUCAUUCGUUAUUAUUAUUUUUUUAUGUGUGUGUGUCUUCCUAGAAGACAAUUUGCUGGCAUUUGUUUUACGGAUGUGGGACCAUUUUAUAGGACCAUGACAGAAUGUGCUGUCGAGUUGCAUUUAGUAAGGCUAAGAUACACCAUAUCAAUGUACAAGAUCCCGCGAUUGCUGGGAUCAUCGCCUUAUUUUUCUUCUUCUUCUUUUUUUUUUUUUGACAAUUACUAUCGUUUAGUUUAGUGUAUUUCUCUGUCCCGACAUAAGUGUCCUAUCACUCUCUGUGCCUUAGUACUGAUCAUAAAUCAUAAUCUCACUUCGUUGUUCGAAUCACUGUGCCCUUGUUUUGUGUGCUUCGUGUAUCAUCGCAGUGUGUAAUUAAUUGCUCGAUCGGGGGGCUAAUAUGUGGCGCAAAAAAUAAAAAAAAAAACAGAAAGAAAAAGAGAGAAAGCGUCAGUCUUAAAUUUCGAGAACUUUCGCGUGUGCCGUAUUUUUCCUAUUUUCCUUUCGUUAAACAUGCGACUAUACUGGCUUUUUCAUCACACUAACUUGAACUUACGGCAAGCUGCUGUUUUGUGCUAGCAACUGUUGUUUCAUCUUGGUGAUACUGUGAGACCUUUAAUGUUCACGAGCCCAUAACUUUCGCGAUUUUUAGGGGAACCGGAAAAUCUAAAAAAAGAAGUGACAGUUAGAAAACAAUACUGCAAUCGCGAACUCUGUUUUCACAGUUGAUCGUGCCCGACUUUGUAGCACAAGCAUGUAGUACAAUGCCGCUUUUACUAAAUGCGGUGCAUGCAAUCUGGGGGUUAUCACGAAGCGAUCUAGUAGAGCCACGAAUUUUAGCAUAGAUAAUUCGGGAAGUCCAGUGCUCGAUUCGCGAAUAGGGGUCCCGGACUGAUUAAAAGGUUUUACAAACAAGGCGAAACAGAAAGGAUGGAUACGCUUUCGACGUCUUCUUGCACUGAAGGCCAUUCUUUCCCAUGACAGAGCAUGCACCGUACACAUUCCUAGUCUUCCAUUUUAAGAAAUUCGUUUAAAAAAGAAAAAGAAGAACCACAGCUAAUAACAGUUUAGAAGUUGUUUGUUCGAAUGCUGUGAUCAUUCAAGAUCGCAAGGCUGAAACAGCAAGACUAAUAUAUAUAUAUAUAUAUAUAAAGUCAAUGACUGAGUGCUGUUUGAAUACUUCAAGUUUCUUUUUUUUUUUUUUUUCAGACAUAUCAGAUCUGUUCAGUGUUGACUGUCUCAAACUAGUUCGCUGUUUGUACCUCUUCUGUAGCUUAUCGCACUGUUUCUGCGUUCUAUCUGUUAUUACUUAUAUUUUUUUUAAAUAAUGCCGGCAUUUGCUUAUUUUGCUGGCCCGCGAUUCCGCCACGGCAGCGUCACAACAUGUGCUUCCACUUCAUAUGCCCGAGAUGCUGGUUUGAUAAUCUCAUUGACAUCACCAAAUCUUAGUUAAGUCGAAUGAUCUGUCCAUUUGCUCGAUGAAGACAUUCAUGUUUGUAGAAUAAUUCAUUUAACGACUUAGCUGUUACCUCCUCAUUGUAGUACAGGGAUUCAUAUGCUUAUGUACUUAUUUUUGUGCAACGAAAUGGACAUCGAAAUGCUUUGGUAGCAGGGGUACGGUUGUAUUUUUUUUCCUACGGGAAAAAGUUUUGUAUAGCGAUGCUGUAGAAAUGAAGUGUACAUAGUUAUUACGUGCCUUCCUUUGUAUUUUUGUAGUGUAAAUACUGGUUUGAAAUGCAAAGAACGCAUUUAGUAAACAAAAUUUCAUAAAUUGUG